AUGGCGUCUACUAGUUUCGAGUCAUUUUCACAGCUUAUUAACAAUUCACCAAGUUUAGUUUGGCACGAAACCUUUUUACCGUUAAAUAUUUUAACUACAUUACAUGCAAUCUAUAUAACUUUAAAUUAUAAAAAUAGUUUAAAACAUUCCAAAGUGCCUUGGUUACAAGGUUUCUUUGCUGUAAUUGUAAUGAGUGUUGGAGGAAGUACUUCUAGUGGAAUAGAUAGUAUACGUUACGAUUCUCGUAAUAAAGAUCCUGAUUUAAGCAAUAGUUUGGUAGCAAUGAUAUUAUGUGGAUCACCUUUUUGGUCAUUUACAACUCCUUCAGUACUUUUGCAACCAAGUUAUGAUAUGAAAUCUAGUUUCUUGCUUUCUUUAUUUUAUAUUUCAACAACAACUACUUCAACGCUUACUAUAGAUCAAGGACGAACUUUUUCAAUUUUAUUAGCAAUUGCAUUUAAUCUUGUUAAAUUAAAAGAACUUAAUGAAUCUUCAAGUCUUAGAAAACUUGAGGAUAUCGAAAAAGAAGACAUUAAAAUGGAAGACAUUAAAAUGGAAAACAUUAAAAAAAAAGACUAA